ACUAAUAUUUAUUAAUCAACUUAUCCACUCAAGUAACACACCAGCUUGAUUUGAUAUCACCAUCAAGGAAUAUGGAAGGCACAACAGACAGCGUGAAGAGAAAUGACUUCCCACCACAAAACUAUGGAAUUGUCAUAAAAAAUGGCGAGGUUCUUCGACUAUGGUCUUACAACAGUGCAUCAGGAGGUAGAUUCGUCAGCAUCACAGAAGCCAAAGCUACAUCUUCCACUCAAGAUUCUACAAAUUAUGUUGUAGCUGCAACUCAAGAACAGCAACCUUCCUCGGAAAUCAAGUUCAUCAAAACUCAUGAAUUUGCGGAAAUCUUCAAAAUGCAGUUUCAAAAAAAUGACGGUUUUAAAUAUACUCUGAACGCAUCACAAGACGGCAGCAUAACGGCAGCUGAGAUUGCUGACAGUGAUUCAGUGGCACAAUUUACAUACUACGAGCUAGAUCCACCAAAUCAGCCGUACGUUGUAUUACCAAGUACCAACAGAAGCACAACUGCUGCAGAUGGUAAAAUAUAUGACCUGUAUUUGAGCAGUGAUGGCGCAGGAAAUAUGUCGCUCAAACGCUGGAAUUUGAGUUCGAACGCACUGCCUCCAAAGGCGACUGCAUUGAUCGAUCCAUCCUUGUUAUUCCGAGUGGUUAAACCAUAAGAGAAGAUUAAGCCAGCCAGUUUACAGAUAAAGCGCAAUUGUUGUUUAUGUACACUCUUACUGAUUUUCUAUUAUUACUAUUGAAAUCAUUACUUUUGUGUUACAAUUUUUACUUUAAUAUUUUUACUAUUACUAUUUUUGAUGUAUUGAUCUACUUCUAAAAAUCAUGAUGUCAUCGCUAUAUUCGUAUAUUAUGCAAAAUGCAUGUGCUGCAUGGUUAUAAUUGUACUUUCGGCAAAACUAUAUCUUAUGCAGCAAAUUAACAAGCCGGGGGUCGUUUUAGACCAGUCAGUUUGUUUACAUUUUCAGUAACCCAAUCAUAAUGCAUAAAUUUUGAAUACUUCCGGUAAAAUAAAUACUUUGAAUACUUCCAGUAAAGUAUUAAAAAAUUAGGCAUUUUGAUCAGCUUUGCUUAAAAAAUGUAAACAAAUAUGCCGAUUAGUUCAAACCGAAAUUCCCCCCAGCUUAGCAAAUGCGAUAAUAGAUGGCGGAAUAUAGAAUUGUUAAUGCAUGUAUUAUUAUUAAAUGUAAGCAGUCAUACAGUAAUUUCACUAUAAAUGAGGGCAGAUUCCCUGGCAAAUCACUCCAUACAUACUUUUCCAUAAUGUAUAUGUUUAAAACCGCUUAUACUUUGUAUAGCGAUGAAGAGUACAAUUCGGUUUAUCUCAAAAAGGGAAAUAUUUUGCAAUUUGAUUUUAAAUUGUAAAUUGUCAUCACAUUAUUUUCCUUCAGAGUGUAAGCUUUACACCCAAGGGCCUGUUUGCAUGGAGCGAGUUAUCCGGCUAAGCGGAGGUGAAAACUGCAUAAUAUUGAAAGACUAAUCAGGUU